AAAUCUUCACCCGACUGUUUUCAAAGGCUAUCAGUAUAAGCAGAUUUGUCAGUGCCUGAACAACAAAUACACAUUUGCUACGCUGUAUGACACGAAGAAUAGGUUCCCCGUCUACUCAGCCUACACCUUCUUAGGGGAAAAACAGACAGAUCGGAACAACGUGUGGAAAAAUGAACCACAGCUGGAAAACAUGAGCAACGAUCCAGCAAUGGAGAAGAUCUCUGAUAAAAAGAUGUAUGGGUAUUUUCACCAGGCUGUGAACAGAGACUAUAUAAAGAGUAGAAUUCCUUAUACUAGAGGUCAUGUGUUUCCAAAUCAAUAUGCUGCUGAUCGGAAUCAGGCAGGCUCCACCUUCACAUUUACCAAUAUAGCACCACAAGCACAACACAGCAAUGAAGAAUGGGAAGCAGAAGUAGAGACACCGAUGAGGGGAGAGAUACAGAGAGUGUGCAGACAAAACAAUAAAAUCGAGGCAUUUAUAGUGACUGGAGUAGUUCCAGGGAAUAAAUGGAUACCCAUAAGGAGAAACGAUAAGAGAUUUGAUAAAGGCGUUAACAUUCCCCGUUUUUACUGGACUGCGUUCUGUUGUUACAUCAAUAGGGACACGACAUUUUCGAGAGCCUACCUCGUUCGGCAAAAUAAACGGAACCCCAAAUCUUAUGAAAUAACCCGUUUGAGUGUUGAUAUGCUGAACGGACGCCUCAGCAGUCUGUAUAAACAGGAUUUCAAAGUAUUUGGUGAUAUGUGUUUGACUUGAGUACAGUCCGAGCUCGUUCCAUCUGUUUCUCUGGUUUGACCUAAAACUGCUUCAUCAAAUUACUUCAACAAAUGUUUAUAAUGAAUCAGAGAAUCUUUGGUGUGCUUUACUUCACCUGCAGAACCUGAUUAUAUUCCUGUAACAGAACGUCCUCAAGUGUUUUAUUCCUCUUAUCCUACAGCAUUUUCAUAC